UAUUUGUGAUUAGCGCCGCGGAAGCUGCUAGAUUAUUUGCCGCGCAAUUGUAUGUGUUUGUUGAGCAUCGUAGUUUGUGUUAUGAUUAUUGCUGUUUGAUUGUUGGAAAUAAGUUAUUUUGUGUUAUAAAAGUGUGGAAACAUGUCUGUACAAUCUCAUCUUCGAUUUCCUGUGAAAAAAGGAAAUAUUUUAGGGAGCAAGUCUGAAAAUUCGCCUGUCAAAUCUGUCGGUGUAAAGCGAGCCCUUUUUGGUGAAGCUCAAUCACCAGCUUCUCCUAAGAAGGCUCGAAUUGUUGAUGAAAAUGUUCCAGCCAGCCCAACAAAAGAAAAAUUUUCGCCAAAACAAGUAUCUUCAUUGCUGAGAGCCAAACAAGCCUUUCAUACCAGUCUUCCUACUAGGCUUAUCGGACGAUCUACAGAGAUAUCUGAAAUUCAGUCCUACAUUAGCGAACGGCUCAAUAAAAAAAUAUCCGGUAGCUUGUACAUAUCUGGAGCUCCUGGAACUGGAAAAACGUGCAGCAUUAUGCAUGUUCUUGAAAGUUUUGACAAGAAGUUCGCUUUUGCCUUUGUUAACUGCAUGUCGGUGUCUUCUCCAGUUGCUAUUUACAAAACCAUUGCCCAGGAACUUAAGCUGCCAUCGAAAGUCAUAAACUCCAAAAAUAUUGCUGAUGCUCUCAAAAAGCAUGUCUCCACUUCAAAGAUUCCAGUUGUUCUUGUUCUGGACGAAAUUGAGCAACUUGAUUGCAAGGGUCAGCAAGUCCUUUACAACUUGUUUGAAUGGCCUCACAUUCCUCAAUCUAUGUUCACCCUUAUUACAAUUUCCAAUGCUAUGGAUCUGACUGAUCGCAUUCUUCCGAGACUGCACACAUUUAAAUGCCAGCCAAAGCUGAUGAACUUUCCUCCUUAUACCAAAGACCAGAUAGUAUCAAUACUUGAGGAUCGCCUAUCUGAAGUACAAGUAAAUGGAAAGCCGGUCAUUAAGCCUAUUGCUAUCCAGCUGUGUGCUCGCAAAAUUGCGGCAGAUUCCGGAGAUAUUCGAAAAGCUCUUAAUGUUUGUACGAGAGCCAUCCAAAUAGUGGAAAAAAAACUUAGUCAAGAUGGAGCUUUGAAAACAACUUCUGAUGACCGAUGCAACCCUGGUAGUCCCAUGAAAAGAGUUGCUGCUACGCAGUGUGUGGAUGUCCAAGAGAUCAGUGCUGUUUUACACAAGAUCCAUGGUUCACGUCUACAAGCAACAAAUUUUGCUGCUAAUUCUGAGACUGUUAUUUUGCCACUUCAUUCCAUGAUUUUGCUAUGUACUCUUGUUCUAAUGAAGAAACAUUGUAAACCUCAGGAUAUGACAGUAGGUAAAGCAUACCAUACCUACAAGAGAAUCUGUCAGAAACGAGACAUCACUAGUGUUAAUGAAAGCGAAUUUCAUAGAUUAUGCUGUGAUGUUGAGUGUCGAGGAUUUCUUCUUCUAAAACCUGCUAAGGCAGCAAGAUUGGCCAAAAUUGUUUUGAAAGUUGAUGAAGUUGAAGCAGAACGUGUUAUGCAAGACAAAGCUAUGUUGCCUGCUAUAUUAGCUGACCACUCUGUUUUAAAUAAGUAAAUAAGUGUUUUGAAUGUAAUCCAUUAUUUUCUAGCUAAGAACUAUUAAUGUGUGAACUUUCAUACAUUCAUUUAUUGAAGGAAUAUUUUUAUAAAUAUUUUACUUUGACAUUUGUCAAAGUAACUUUUUGCAUUCACUUUUGCAAAAUUUAUGUGACAGGAUUUGCUAUAAUACUAUAUAUUUUUACAUUUAUUCCUUUAUAUCUAUUUAAGUACAAUUUUAUUGAUUACAAUUUUAAACUGCACUCAUGAAACUGAGCAUGGAUAGUAAUUUUAACAGAAAUUGAAGAUUUUAUCAACAGAUUAAAAUUUGAGAAUUUUUAAUUUAUCUUAUUCUAAAAAUCUGUUUACUUGUAUGUGUUGUCUAUAUGUUUGUGACAGUUUUAAAGUUAAUGCUUGUAGUGAAGCAGUGAUUGUAUUGCUAACAGAAGUUUGAUGUUUCUGUAAUAGACUGAAUAUGUAAAUUUUUAAUUUAUCAGAUUCUAUAUAUCUAAUUGUGUGUGUUUUUAUGUUUGUGACAGAUCUGUGAAG